AUGGCGGCGCCAGACCUGAAAGGCCACCUUGAUGGCCAGUAGUUCCUGCUCCCACACGGUAUAGUUACGCUCCGCCGGAAGGAGCUGGCGGGAAUAGGAGGCGCAGGGUAACAGUGGCGCAUCAGGUCCGUGCUGCUGGGACAAGACGGCACCGAGAGCUGUGCUGGAGGCGUCAGUCUCUACCACAAAAGGUCGAGAGGGAUCAGGAUGUUGCAAGAUCAGCGCUCUCUGGAAACAGGUUUCAACCCCUGAAACGCCUCCUCUGCCUCCUUGUCCCAGGAAAACGGCGUCUUGGGGUGCAGUAGCCGGGUCAACGGGGUGGUGCGAUGAGCGUAAUCUGCAAUGAAGGUCCGGUAAUAGCUGGCGAACCCCAGGAAUUGCUGUAGGUCCUUGCGGUUCCGAGGUACCGCCCAUUCCCGAACCGCUGCCACCUUCCCAGGAUCCAUCUGCACCCCAUCUGGAGAGAGUCGGUGACCAAGGAAGUCCACUGACCGCUGAUGGAACUCGCACUUGCUGAGCUUCGCAUACAAGCGGUGCUCCCGCAAGCGCUGCAGCACGGUCCGGACAUGACCCUCGUGGCGAGCCGGGUCACGGGAGAAAACCAGAAUGUCAUCCAAGUACACCACCACGUACUUGUCCAGCAAGUCCUGGAACACGUGGUUGAUGUACCGUUGGACCACAGCGGGUGCGUUGCACAAUCCGAAGGGCAUAACCAGGUAUUCAAACUGCCCAUACCGGGUCCCGAAUGCUGUCUUCCACUCAUCCCCGGCUCGGAUCCGAAUUAAAUUGUAGGCCCCCCGGAGGUCUAGCUUGGUGAACACCUGCGCCCCUUGCACCCGCUCCAGCAACUCCGAAAUAAGUGGCAAGGGGUACUGGUCUGGGAUGGUGAUUUUGUUUUGUUUUUUAAAAAAAAGAUAUUUAUUAAGGUUUUCACAAUAUUACAAAAUGAAAAAGAAAAAAAGAAAAAAUACAAAAUAAAAAUAGUUAAAAACAACUCAAUCUUUCCAUUACUUAUUUUUCAUUAGCUUGUUUCCCGGACCUCCUCAUGCCUCCCUUUUUUGUAUUCCAGUUCAGUUUGUUGGUUCAGCAAAUCCUUACCCUCUUUGUUUAUCCUAGUCUUUAAUCUUAAAACAUUGUAACGUUAAUUUUUUACCUAUUAAUGAUCCAUUUUUCAUAUCCCCUUAUAGUAUUACAGCUGAAAACCACUUAAUUUCUAUCCAGCAUCAUUCUAACAUUCAUUAAUUUUACAAUAUUUCUGUAAAUAGUCUUUAAAUUUCUUCCAAUCUUCUUCCACCGACUCUUCUCCCUGGUCUCGGAUUCUGCCAGUCAUUUCCGCCAGUUCCAUAUAGUCCAUCACCUUCAUCUGCCAUUCUUCCAGAUUUUGUUCAGGACCCGGUAAUCAUGGCAAAGGCAAAGCUCCCCACAUUUCUUCUUAACAAAGAGCACUGGCGCAGCGGUGGGCGAGGUAAAAGGCCGAAUGAAAUCACGCUCCAGGUUCUUGCGCAGGAAGUCCUGCAAAGCUUCGCGCUCUGGCUCUGUAAGAGAGUAUAAGCGACUCACUGGCAGGGGCGCUCCAGGGUGGAGGUCUAUGCCGCAGUCAAAAGACCGAUGCGGCGGCAGCUGAUCUGCCCCCCCGUUUCUCGAACACGUCUUGGUAGUCCCGGUACUCAGCGGGGAGCGUUGAUGCAGCCUCCUCAGUGGGCGCGGCUGCUAGCAUCUCAGACCGAGCAUGGGGACAUGGGUCUGGGAAGUGCACAGUCCGAUUGACCCAGUCAAUCUGAACAUUGUGAGAUUCCAUCCAGUCCAUCCCGAGCACCAGGGGAAACCGGGGCAUGGUAGCAAUGUCCAGAGUUCGCACCUCCCGGUACUGCUGGUGACACAGAACCAAGGGCUGUGUCUCCUGAGUAACGGCGCCCGAGCGCAGGAGCCGCCUGUCGAUGGCCUCCACCUGUACCGGUUCCGACUUAUCCUGGAGUGGCACCUGAUGAUGGGCGGCAAAGGCAGAGUCCAUAUACGAGCGGGUUGCCCCUGAAUCCACCAGAGCAUGGGUGAGGAUCCAGGGCCCACCAGGGGGGUAUAGGCGCACCGGGACCAUGAGGUGUUGUAAUUCCACCAGUGAGGGCCCCUCUUGCAUGGUUUGGGACCCCGGGUACCCAGGGCCUUCGACUACGGGGGUUGGCGGUUUCCCUGCGGCCCCCAUAUUCUCGGGACAGGAUCGGGCGUGAUGUCCACUCCCACCGCAGUAAAGACACAGGUUCCCCUCCUGUCUUCUCCGAGGGGGAGAGGCGAGGUCGCGCUGCCCCGAGCUGCGUUGGCUCGUCCGGCAACUCGGCUGUGGCUGUGGACCUGCUAGUAAGGACUUGAGCCAGAAGCCGGGAGUGCUGGUGGUCCCGGGCCUGGCGACGGUCCUCCAACCGAUCGUCUAUCUGCAGGCUCCGCUGAAUGAGGGCGUCCAGCGUCGUGGGAUGAUCCAUCGUGGCCAGCUGGUCCAGUAUCUCAUCCGAUAGUCCCUCGAGAUACUGGUCCCGAAGUGCUGAGUCAUUCCAAGACAAGUCCUGCGCCAACAGCCGAAAUUCUGUGGCGUAGGCGGCGGCUGUGGACUUGUCCUGUCUCAACCGACAAAUCGCCCGAUUGGCUUGGCUCCCCUUCAGAGGGUUGCCAAACGCAGUCUCCAAGUGGUUACAAAACCCCACAUAGUCUGUCAGCAAAGGAGAGUCUUGCCGGAGCAAUGGCAAAGCCCACUCGGCCGCCUGGUCCUUCAGCAAGCUGAUCAAGAAGUGCACUUUGGUGCGAUUGUCAGGAAAAUUCUGGGCUCGCCCCUGAAUAUACAGCUUGGCCUGGGUGAGGAACAUGGGAAAGCUGGCCGGGGACCCAUCAAAUUUCUCUGGCAGGGCCACUGGGUACUUGCCAGAAGCUGGGGCGUCGGCCCCAGGAGCCGGUAAGGCGUCCAACCGCUGCUAAAGCGCCAUAACCACAUUGCUUAGCUGCUGAACGGUGUGAGUCAAGGCCUGGUUCUCCUGGGCCAAUGCCACCAACGCAGCUGCCUGGUCAGACAUGGCUUCUGGCUCUUCCCGAACACACCCCAAUGAAGGGGGAGUGCGGGUGUGGCGGGAGCAAACUGUGCUGGACCCGAGGGCGGGGUUACCGAGAGGCGUGGUCAGAGUCCGGUCCUGGUCGAGGGUCUGGAGACUGUCCACCAAGGGCAAAGCGGGGUCCAAAGCAGGAAGCCGGGCGUGGUCAGGAACUCCGGAAGAACAGGUCUGGGUGCUGGCAGAAACAGGUUUCCAACGACGUUGCUCCCGCAACCUGGGACUGGGCUGACUGGCCUUUAUCUUCUCUGAGGCCAGGGGCGGUCCCGGCCCUCAGGUGACCCGCCUCUCCUGGCCUUAAGGCGAGCACUCCUCCUGAGAGAACCCAGUUCCCUCUGCCCUGAGCCUCUGCAGCUCAGGAGAGGCUGGAGGGUUACUGGACCCAGGGGGAGGCUCACCUUCCCCUGACAGGGCUGGGAGAGGCGCACCUGUAGGCAAUGGGUCCUCAAUCACCUCCGGAGCCAGAGUGGAUUCAUCUAGUGUCUGCUCCUGAGGAUCCGGCACAGGUGCAGGUGCUUCAGAUUCAAGGCCCUGCCCCGGCUCAGCCGGCCCUGUAGGCGGGGACUCCUGUGCAGGCUGGGAUUCCUCUGGUUCAGCCUCUGAAUCAGAUUCCCAGGCCAUCACAGGCCUAGUGGCUACUGAUUUUACUGCUGGAUUGUUUAAGAAGGUGUGGUAUGUUAGCCAAGGUAUUUGAGUGUCCCCUAGUUUGUCUUGUAUUUCUUGUGUCCAUAUGGGUUUGUUAUUUUUGUAGAAUGUUAGGCGGGAUAGGCCUUUGGUUUGCCAAGUUUUUAUUUGGAAGCAUUGGGCUGCAUGAUGGAAUAGUGGGUGAUGAGUCAGGGGGUUAACUGGGGUUGGGGACAGUUUGACUACUUUUCCCUUCCUGUGUGAACCUGUUUAGCAUUGUGGGAAUUUUCCUUAGUUUGUUUUGGAGGAAUAGGCAUGCUGUGGUGGGGGUUUUUUCAAUUGUGUGCAUUUCCAAUUAUACCCAUUGAUUUAACUCAUCUUCUAGGUUGCAUGGGAUUAGUUCUAUGUUGGGAAUUCCUCAUCCUCCUUCUGGGGGGCGUGCAGGUAUUUGGGGCUUAUUCUCGGCUUUUUGUGUGAGAAAGUAAAUGAAUGUAGUUUUAGGUUAAUUUGGGGAGGGUAAUCAUUUUUAUCAUGGCUAUUUUGUUCAAGAGGGUGAAGUUUGUGUUCCACUUCCUCAGGUCUAUGUUAAUUUGUUGCCACAGGGGGUUGUAAUUGUGGAGGUAUAGUUUGUUGAGGUUUCUGGUUAUUUGUACCCCUAGGUAUCUGAAUUUGGUGCAGCAGAGUUUUGUCUUUGUGGUGUUGGUGAUCAACAAUUAUACUGGAAGUGAUGUAGAACAUCUUAACUGAAUAUGAAAAUGAAAAAUGUGUUUGUUGGUUGACAUUUUCAUGGAAUUUCUCAAAUGUAACUGCCUCCCCACCAGAUAGUAAAGUGGAGAGAUAGUAAAGUGGCUGCAAAUGGCAGAAAUGGUAGCCUAUUCUGCAAACCAAACCAAUUGCACAGUCUGCACUCUGGGACCUACAGAUGCUUUGAGAGGAAUACCCCUCCUCCCUGUGCCUUGGAAUGAGUCCUCAGUUACGGCCCCGAUUUUGGGUUCAGCCGGAUUUUGUGCCCCGUUAAAAAUUGACGGGAGGAGCCUGUUGCUUUAACAUCUCUGACCAUGGUGAAGCUAUUCAACACCUGGCAGCAGAAAUAGAAAAAGUGGCCCAUGUUCCUGUCCCAACCUGGAACGGAUGGGACAUGUCUUGGUUGACUGAGUGGCUUCCGAACCUUGGGUGGCUUAGAGGACUUUUAAUGAUGUUAAUAGGCCCCUUGCUAAUCUUGCUUCUUUUCUGCUCCUGUAUACCCUGCUUAAUGCAAUGCUUGCAAAAUAUGCAAUGCUUGCAAAAUAUGAUGCGUAAAAUGAUGUCACGUAUGAUUUGGCCCCAGAUUAUAGCACUGACACGAGAAUACCGGCCAGUGCCUUGGGACGAGCCGUAAGGCUGUCCAAAAGAAGAGGAGGGAAUGAAGGAAUGGGUUUCUGUUCAGUCAGUUUAAAACUGACUCAAAACCCCCCCUUUUCUUCUUAGCAUUUCUAAAAUGCAUAAACUUGAGCUCUUGAGCCAAAACCCAGCUGUAUAAACAAGUGCUCAGAGCCCUCUCCUUUAUCAGUUUGUGACGGCAAGGAUGGCCUUGACUGUACCAGUAGAACAGCGAAGACACGUCUGUGCCUUAUCUUACGUCCUGACCACAAAGAUGCACAGACCUAGUCUGGGAACAGCGCCAGAGUGUGUUCUCGGAGAUGGUGACCUCUUGCUCCAAGAUAAGAGUAGGAACAGGAAGAUCCUUUUAUGGUCAGAAGUACAGGAAGGAAUACCCUUUUAUGGUUAAGAAUACCGGAGCAGGAACAUAUGUGAUGUCAACCUGCGUGUAUAGGCUGACGUGGUUGGAUUCCUGGGAAAGGAGGGAGAGGGUGCCUGGAGGAUAUAUAUACUGCAUGAAAUUUCUCAUUUCUUUGGACUUGCUGUGGACUGACCAUGCAAGUGCCUUCUGCUAUCCGGAGAGCAGAAUAAACUCUUUCUUUGAAUCAACCUCGAUGUCAUUUGACUUCCUUCCUCCCUCCCGGGAGCAACGCAGACCCAAUCGGUGAACUCCAAUAAAGCUACACAAUGACCAAAAUGGGGUCAUGUGACUCAUUGACUGGGUAAACACCAUGCAUUUAAUGCAUAAUUUUCCACCUACAGAAUCCUGGGAACUGUCAGGGACUGGGCAGAUGAGAGUGUGGUGCAGAUGAGGAGUGGCAGAUCCUCCUUCCCCUAGGACCAGACAUGCUCUGCGUGUCUCAGAGCAGAAAGCAAAAAAGAACAUUGUCCUUAGCAGCCACCGUAGGCAGCUGGAGGGGUCUGAUUGCUAGGAAGCAGCUAGAAUUGGCAAUAUUACAUGUGCCACAUAAAACCCAUUCUACACAUGUAAGAAAUCAAUAUUUUAGUGUGGCAGCACCUAUACUUUGAAACUCCCUGCCUCUUGAUAUCAAGAAGGCACCUUAACUGUAUUAUUUUGGUGCCUGCUAAAAGCAUUCCUGUUUAGACAAGCCUACCCAGAUGCUUAGAAAGUUAAGGUGAUUUGAAUCUGUUGUGGUCUUUUAACCUUUGUAUGCUUUAAAGUAUGCUUAUGGAUCCCCCCCCCCAGUUUUAUUGAUUUAUCUUUUUUUUGUAAACCUCCUUGAGGGUUGUUGGGAUACUGCCAGGGAGACAAAGUCCAUCAUGGCCCCCAAGCCGGCUGCCGGACAAUCCAUCCAUCUCCCGUAGUCACGCAGUAUCAGCAAUUAGCAACAUGAGCUCCAGAAAAUAGCCUGCCACAUUCUAGAGCCGAUGCACACUCUGUUAGCAGAUAAUGCACAGCAGAAGUCGCACUCAGGAGAGCAUUAUUUACAAGUUUUAUUCAGCGUUGAUCAGAACAAAGAAAAACAUGACUGCCUGCUUCAGUGUCUACGACACAGAGAGAGAAAACGAAAGCAAUAGAAAACAUAAACUUCCUGUGAACAGGAAAUGCGCAGACUCUGUGACUCACAAAGCCUGCUCCCUUUUAAGGUGGAACGGAAAUAUCCUAACAGUUUUUUUACUAUCAAGCAAUACAUAAAUUUUAUGGAAUAAAUAAUUAAACCACCUUUUCUGCUCCUCCCCUUUCCUCCAGACCCACCUGAUAAGCCUUUAGUAUGGUGCUGGUCCACCACCUACCCAGCCAUCAAUUGCUCCUGGAGGUUGGAGACCAAGACACACCUGCCUACUUUUUUUCCCUCCGUGUACAGGUAAAAAGGAGAAACCCCCUCUUAUUGGUAUUAUAGAUACAGCUGUGGCAAUCUGGCUCCUUUCUUCACAGAAACAGAGGAAGCAACAUUUAUCAAAUUAAAGUGAAGCUUUCAGAAGAGUUUCUGAACCAGAUCGGGUUGCAGGGCUACCCAUGAUGCUCAUAAACCAACUUUUUUCCUUAGUAGGUGUCAUGGACUGGUUGGACACAGAGGAAUGGUGGGAAGAACCAGCUAGGGAACCCCCAAGGGAAGAAGGCUCAGAGCCCAGGGACUGCAGGUGGGACGACAAUGAGUGGUCAGAGGGAGAAGAGGGAGCAGACUGGGGAAAGGUGUCAGAAGCUGAGGAGGUAACAGGUUUUAGUGAGCAGGGAGAGUCUGUGGCAGAGAGAAGUCCAGAAUCAGAGGCAGAAGAGGAAGCUGGAGAGGAGGGUGGCCAAGAGGCAGAGAUGAGUCCAGCUGGUGAAGAGUCAUGGGUGUCUCUCUGUCCUGCUGCGAGAAGCUCCCCUCCCCGCUGGUCUCCCAGAACCAGGAGAGGCAUGAAGAGGGUGGAGGAGAAGUGAGCUUCACGCAAGCGCAGUCUCAGAUUGCAUGGGCGAAACCCUGGAGAGGAGGAGACUUAGGCAGUUGUGGGGAGUCAGGGACCUUUAGUCUCAGCAACCGAUCCAUAGGGCAAGAAUUGCUGUGUUCAUGAGGCCUGACACUCCUGUGCAGCUCCUGUUUUGGUAAUAUAGAGUUAACUCCAGCUCGAUUGGGGUGAUUUGUUGCUGGCUUGCUCUUGUCAGUAGGUGGCCUGGGCAGCCCAUGCUAAUCUUUGACUUCUUUGCAACCCAGGCUUGGCAUGGGAGGAGAAGUAAAGGAGUGUGUCCAAGCUACCACAGUGGCCAACAGCUGCUCCAUCGACAAUGUCCAGAUGUUCUGCAUCAAUCCAUAUGUGCUGAAUGUAACAGUGGUGAACCCCCUGGGGACAGCGACGACCCACUACUACUUCUUCCAGAAUGAGAUCCGUAGGUUUUCACAGAGUCAUGACACACACAAUUUCCCUCAACUUUUCUAACGGAAGGAAACAGGAUUCAUGCUGACGGCAGUAACAUGCUGUUGCUCUUUAGACAUUGCUGGACUACAACUUCCAUCAUCGCUGACCAUUGGUCACGAUGGCUGGGGCUGAUGAGUCACUAGCCAAUACCUGGCCACACUAGCUAGCACAAAGAAGGGUCUCCUGCCCUCUGGUGUAGGCAGAUGAGCAAGAGUCUUCCACUGCUUCGUUGGGGCAAAGGUCUGUACAGUGCAGAGAUAGGGAACUUUCCAUUUUGUCCAUCACUGGGGGAUUUAAAAGGUUUUCAACCACAAGGGUGACAGAAACAGGUUUGUAGGUUCAGAGUUCUGAGGGCACAUUGUGUUAUUCAGAGUGGCUUUUACAGGGCUGGCAGGAUUGACUCUGAAUGUUGUCCACAUUAACACCACACAUUUAUACAAGCAUGGCUUCCCCCACAGAAUCCUGGUUAAUGUAGUUUGUAAAGGGUGCUGAGAGUUGUUAGGAGGGCUCUAUCCCCCUCACAGAGCUACAAUUCCCAGAGUUCCUUGGGAAGGAUUGUUAAACCUCUCUGGAAACUGUAGUUCCAUGAGGGGACUAGUGGGGUCUCCUAACAAUCCUCAGCACCCUUAACAAACUACAGCUCCCAGGAUUCUUUGGGAGCCAUAACUAUUUAGUGCCUAGUGUGAAGGUGGCACCAUAGGCCAUGCAUGCUUCUUCCAUCUCUCCACUUGCUUGCUUGUUUUGUAUUAUUUUCUCGGCACUGGCUUUUUCUUAGUCAAGCCUGACCCUCCAGAAAACUUGACCGUUUCCCAGAUCCUGGGCCAGAGGAAGAAGAUACUUUUGGUGUGGAAGCCCCCCAGCUCCUGGAAAUUCCCAGAAUAUUCCCCCCUCAAAUACUUGAUCCGUUACUCAAGGGAUGGAACCAACACCAGCAAAAUGGUGAGAGAGAGCACCAUAAAUAAGUCAGGCUCUGUAGCUUUAGGACAAAAUUGCUGCGCUUCCUAUAUUUAACAGUUGUGCUUCUUCUUGCAGCCCUUCCUUUAAUGCUUUGGUGCACAGGCUGCUGACUUAUUGGAGAUAAUAGAAGUAGUAGUAGUCGUGUAGCAAAUGGUCAGGCCAGUGUAAUAAACAAAAAUCUGCCCUUAUUCCCUUAUGGGGAACACAAGAGCCCUUCUAGAGUCCUUUGUAGGUUCUCCAUCGGUCGGAGAAAAGAACAGAGGCCAACCAGAGAAUAUUGAGAAGCAAUGUAUUUUAACAGUAUUGCACAUUUAUUCUUAUAUUAACAAUGCACUUAAAAUUACUACUCACAGCAAUGAAUACAUGAUUGUAUUGCACACAUAGUUAAGCAGUAUAAAAAUGUGUAAACAAUGUUCUUAAAAACAAUUGUUAACAAUGCCUAAUAUCUUUCUUAUUGUGGUUAGUGUUACCUUUAUUGCUACUAAUACCAGUGGCUUACAAGAUCAAGCUCUAUUCUGGAGUCUGGAAACAAAGUCUUAUGAGGAACGGUUGAGGGAGCUGGGUUUGUUUAGCCUGGAGAAACUGAGAGCAGACAGGAGAGCCAUCUUCCAAUAUCUCGAGGGCUGUCACAUGGAAGAGGGAACAAGCUUGUUUUCUCUUGCUCUGGAGAGUACGACUCGAACCCAUGACUUCAAGUUACCAGAAAGGAGAUUCCAACCAAACAUCAGGAAGAACUUUCUGACAGAAAGAGCUGUUCGAGAGUGGAAAAUGGACUACCUAGGAAGGUGGUGGCCUCUCCUUCCUUGGAGGUUAUUAAGCAGAGGUUGGAUGGCCAUCUGUUAUGACUGAACUAGUUGAGAUUCCUCAUUGCAGGGAGUUGGGCUAGAUGACCCGUGGGUCCCUUCCAACUCUAUGAUUCUAUAAGUACCAGUGAUAAGAUGGUCCACAAAAGGAAAAGGGGUUGCAAUGGAGGAAGGCAGGGGAAAGAAAACUGGCACUCAUUCUUUCUUGCUACAGAACUAUAGUAAAAUAUUUCCCAAGAUCAGAGCAGGCAGAACACCACUUCUUGCUUCAUUUACAAAUCUCUUCUUAUGAAGCAGUACAAAGCGACUGGACGAAAAAACAGAAACAAUGAUAGACACACAUAAUAAACUAUUUCCAGGACCAUUUCUCUCCACAUCCUACGGCUUGAGGUUUGGAUAGAAAGAGCUGAGGACUGGAGUUGAAUUCCACAGCAAGAACAUCUCCAGGAGAGAGCUGCAUGCUCUGUCAAGAAGUCUCUCUGAAAAUCAUCCACAUGGCCAGGGAGCCAACCUAGGCGAAAGAAAACUCUGGUCCUAAACCUCCGCUGCCUUGCAGUAAGUACAGUGGUACCUCAGGUUAAGUACUUCAUUCGUUCCGGAGGUCCGUACUUAACCUGAAACUGUUCUUAACCUGAAGCACCACUUUAGUUAAUGGGGCCUCCUGCUGCCGCUGUGCCGCUGCUGCACGAUUUCUGUUCUCAUCCUGAAGCAAAGUUCUUAACCUGAAGCACUAUUUCUGGGUUAGCGGAGUCUGUAACCUGGAGCGUAUGUAACCCGAGGUACCACUGUAUUUGUUCAGGAGAAGAAAAGGCUCAGGAGUGAACCCUACACAAAUCCAGAGUGGACACCCUAAGGUGGCGCCUUGUCUGCAUCCUUCUGUCAAAUCCUGCAGCCCAGCUGGUGCCCAACGUCUUGCUCCGCUUUCCUUUGGAUCACAUCAGUAAGGCUGAGAGGGGGGUCUUGUCUGGGCAGCCCAGGACCUCCAGACACACGGCCCAGGCUUGUCAAAUUGGUGUGGGUAACCAGAGGUUCAGUUUCACUCCAUUGUGAGAGAAAUAAUUUAUAUUGCUUUUUUAUUGCCUUUUUAGAACAAAUAUUGUUCUUAUUAAUUUUUUUUUAAUAAAAGUCAUAAGGCCAUAAGGUUAUAAUGGUUAGGAGAUUUUUAUCUGGGGAUGUUCUAAUAUAGCUUGUGGAACAAAUUGUAGUUAAAUAUGCUAGCAAAAUAAUAGGUGUUAUAUGCUUUUGCAGAAAUUGCAGUUAAGAACAGCAAAGACAACAAAUAUAUGCUUCAGUAAAAUAGAGAUGAUGGCUUUAUUGCUAAAAACAGCAUGUAGAGGGGUGAAAACAUAAUGCCAAAUAAUAAGGAAAAUCAUAAAUAUGAGAGAUGGUCGCCAGAUUCAGAGGAAUGGGAGAAGAGGAACAGGGGCGGGGAGUUUAAUAUUGUACUAGGCGGACGUGAUAGGUUGUGACCCCUGGACAGGGGAGGGAAUUUUGUGCUCAGAGAUAGCAUAAAAGCUUCUUCUGCAAUGAUUUUUGGGUGUGCCUGCUUUGGUCACCCAUCUUACAAGUAUGUUUUUGUGAUCACUCAAAUAAAAUCCAUUUUGCUUAGAAUUUAUUUCAAGGCUACAGUUGGGAUCAGUGUUUUUAUAUCUAACAAUUGUCUCUCAAGACAGGCAGAUGCGGGUCUGGGUUAAAGGCGGAUCUACACAGAUCCUCAUGGAUCCUCCACUUUAAAAAAAAUAACUCCAACAAAUCCAGUGUCAAAUCACACAUGGAAGGCACGCCUACAGACUGGACUAUAAAAAACGUGGAUCCAACACUGCAGCACCUCAAAAACAUGGAUGCAAGGCAUGGAUCCUCAUGAAUUCAUAUGAUUUUUAUACUGUAACAAAAUAAAAACACCAUGAUACUCUAGACCACAUCUUAGUCUGUAGGCAGAACCAAAAAACCCACACAUCCAUUGUUUCGUGGGGCCGCAAAGGCACAAAAACAUGGUUAAAAAACACGGAUCCGAGGCAUGGAUCCUCGCGCUUUAUGCAUUGGGCCACCCCAAACUCACUGUCAAAUCACACAUCAUAGCCAGGGGCACAGCCUGCACCACAAAAAACUCGGAUCCAUGGCUUUCUGGUAACUCCAUGGCCCAAAAACGUGGUUUUGAAGCAUGGAUCCUCACACUUUUUGCAUUGGGCCACCCCAAACUCACAGUCAAAUCACACGUCAUAGCCAGGGGCACAGCCUACACCACAAAAAACUAGGAUCCACGGCUUCCUGGCCAUACCGUGGCCCAAAAACAUGGUUCUGAAGCACGGAUCCUCAUGGAUCCUCACGCUUUUUGUAUUGGGGAACCCCGAAUUCACCCUUUAUUCAAAUAUCUUGUACAUAACCACAGAUCUGACCACAAACAUCAUGGAUAUACUGCUUUGUGGCCCUGGCCAGAUGCUACCCUGGAUAUAUUGGCCCAUUUUUAGGUGGGUGUGCUGAGAUGGAGGAAAUGGAGUCAGCUGAUUCUCAAUCCAUUAAAAAUGGGGGUCCAACGGCUGGGCCGGAAUGAUUUUGGUUCGGUUUGCCAGCUCCCAGCUCUUCAUGGGGCACAAUAGUCACCUGUAGCUGCCAUCAGGAGUCCCGGUGUGAUUCUGGACGCUUCUGUCUCUAUGGAGGGUAUAAAUGCGAUAGAUAGAUAGAUAGAUGAUAGAUAGAUAGAUAGAUAGAUAGAUAGAUAGAUAGAUAGAUACGCAGGGCUACCCUUGAGAAUGCUCCAGAAACUCCAAAUGGUCUAAAAUGCAGAUGCAUGAGUUCUAACUUGGACUUUGUGGAGAGCCCACAUUCAGUUGGUUGUUCAUCAGCUGGAUUGGCUCCAGGUGGAGUAUCGAAUCAGGUUCAAGGUUUUGGUGCUAACCUUUAAAGCCCUAAACAGCUGUGACCUUUUUUAUCUGUGGGAAUUAUGUUCCAAUACACCCCCCAAAGAGUGUGACGCUCAUCUAACAGCAACCUACUGGUGGUCCCUGGUCCAAAACAUAUCCAGCUGUCCUCAACCAGAGCCAAGAGCCAGAGCCUUUUUGGUGCAAUGCUUUGUCUGAAGAGACCAGGGCUCAGUGCAAUGUAUCUCAGUUCUUUCACUCGCUGGAUCAUCACCUUGUCAUUGUGAGUGAGCUUGCACAUUCCUAUGACCCUUGUGAGUGAAGCCAUCGGGAAUCUCUUACUCCCAGCAGGGUCACCCAAGGCGGUAAGGUCAAAGAAAAUGAAAUAUACUUGGAGUCCUGUAGUGAUUUCAUGCUCUUUAUUGCAGCUUGUAAAACAGUGAUUGAAUUUCCCCCCAAACCUCAGGCUUUUAUAUACAUUAUUUUUACAAUGAGUCCCGUCUGAUUGGCUGAUUCAGCUUCCCUCCUGGAGCCUGAUUGGUCUUUUCCUGCAAGCCAAUCAGUUGUUGCAUUCUACGAUCCUACCAGCCUAAUAGGCUGAUUAACUUCCUCCUGGAGCCUGAUUGGUCUUUUCCUGCAAGCCAAUCAGUUGUUGCAUUCUAGGAUCCUACUUGUCUAUUGUUCUAGGAUCCAAGCUUAGUGCAUAACAGGGAAGGAGCUAGACAAAGAAUGAUCCAAGAAGUCCUCCACGGCAGAACAGGUGGAUGAUAAUCUUAAGAUUUAUUGCCCAGAUAAGCCUGGCGUCCGGCCCGCUUCAAACGCUGCGCCAGGCCUCUGCAUUCCAAAGUCCACAUUCUGAUGCUCUGAGCAAAAUAGCAGAGUUAGCAGCGUUCAGAGAAAUCAGCUUCUGUGCUUCGGUGUGCCCAAAUAGAGUCUCACACAGAGAUACUAAGAAACUAAGAGCAGUUUAUUACAGCAAAACUAACCAUUGUCUAACACAGCAUGCAGCAUCGUGAAAAACACGUCUGCUUCACAUGAAAACGAAAGCAGAAUAGAACAAAGGACUGAGACUCUUGGAAGUGACGCAGAGUCUCCCCACCCCACAGUAGGCAGGACGUACACUCUGAGCUGUUUAACCCUGUAAGCUCAGGUUCUCCUCACAGAUAACAAGUGGUGUGUUACAACGGCUGUGAAGGUGGAUGAAGGCUGCAGCAGAUAGGAUCCACCAGUUCGUCGUGACUACUCAUGCCAUCAGAACAGAGCCCUACUGCGAAGACUGUGCGUUGGUCGGCGUGCACUGAUCUACACACAUAAAACAAAUUCAUGCACAGGCGUCUUCCCAAAACCCAACCCAAACCCUCAAAGUGCCAUGGCAAUCAGCAAAUGGUGACGGGGGCAGGAAUGUGAAAUCUGGAAGCCCCUAGUCAUGAACCAGCACAUGGGCGGUGGAUACAGAUUCAGUCAUUCUGACUCAAGGAACGAGGCAGUUGAGCAGCUCGGCAGCUGUAUCCAUGACUGAGCAGCCCUUUUUAGGAUCCACUCUGCUCACCCCGAAAAGGGGGAGGGGCUGGAAACGGUGCCCUAAACAUAGUCCUCCUCCCUUUUCCCCUGACUGGAUUACCGCACCCAGUGGGGUCAUCACCCAGGGGUCGUAAAAGACAAUUGAACUUUGGAACAUGGAAUAUAUGGACUUUGUCAGAUAACACAUACAGCGAACGUCCUAAACGCAGAACUGCCAUCAUUGCAAGAGAGCUGCGACGUUUUAACAUCGAUAUUGCAGCGCUUCAAGACUCUCGAAGAGCGGGCGAGGAACAACUGAAGGAAGAAAAAGGAGGCUACACAUUCUUCUGGAAAAGUCUAUCUGAACAAGAACAUGAAAUACAUGGGGUAGGCUUCGCUAUGAAAAAUGACCUUGUGUAGCUCCUGUCAGAAGUCCCUACUGGCAUUAAUGAGCGACUCUCAACCCUUCGAAUAAAGCUCACAAAAAACCAACAGGCUACUAUUAUAAGCACUUAUGCACCAACACUGGAUGCCGAUGAAGACGUUAAAGAAAAUUCUAAGAAUGGCAGAUGAAGUUGAUGGACUAUAUGGAAUUGGCGGAAAUGACUGGCAGAAUCCGGGACCAGGGAGAAGAGUCGGUGGAAGAAGAUUGGAAAAAAUUUAAAGAUUAUUUACAGAAAUAUUGUAAAAUCAAUGAAUGUUAGAAAAAUGUUGGAACGAAUUUACAUGGCUUUAGUAGAAAUGUUAUAAGGAAUUAAGUACAAAUAGAUUAAUAGAGUAUUAAAGGGAAAAAUAAGGUUAGAAUGAGUUAAGAUAAUUAUAGGAUAGAAAAUAGAGGAAGAUGGAAAGGAAUUGCUGAAAUAAUUAACAGAAGUGGGAUACAAAAAGGGAGGUGUGAGGAGGUCGUGGAAAUAAGUGAAUGAAAGAUGGGUUAAUGAAAUUGUUUGAUUUAUUUUAUUGUUUUUGUUGUGUCUUUGUUAGUUUAAGGUAUUGUAUUGCAUUGUGGGUUUUUUCUUUUUUUCUUUUUUCUUUUAGUGUUUAAUUUUUUUUGGAAAAGUAAUAAAUAUUAUUUUUUUUAAAAAAAGACGUUAAAGAAAAUUCUUACUCUCAGCUGGAUACCAUCCUAUCACAGACGCCUAAGGAAGAUAAAAUUAUCCUCCUGAGUGAUUUUAAUGCAAGAGUUGGGCAAGAUUUCGAUCUGUGGCCUGGGACUAUUGGGAAAGAAGGAGCUGGCAACAGCAACCAGAACGAAAUCUUACUUUUGACGAUAUGUGCAGCACACAACCUUGUUAUUACCAAAACACUCUUUUGACAGAAAAAUAAAUUUAAAACUUAAUGGAGGCAUCCUCGGUCAAACCAAUGGCAUCUCUUAGACUAUGUUAUUGUCUGUGCUAAAGAUCAACGUGAUGUGCUCCUUACCAGAGCUAUGAUGAGCGUCGACGACUGCUGGACAGAUCACCGACUAAUAUGUUCCACGAUGGCUAUCAAGAUUAUACCUCAACGCAGGCUUCAGGGAAGGAAACCAAGGUGCAAAAUGAACACUCAAGUCCUUCAAGAUCCCAUUAA